UAUAAUCUAAAUAUAAAUAGCUUGAAGUUCAUCUUAGUUUCUAUCAACAAACCUUCUUCUCAUCACAUAAACAUACACUAAUCAAAUGGCUGCUAAUUUGCUUUUUGGAUUACUACUUGUUGCCACCAGCAUUUACACAACAGGGGCUGAAUCAGUUGGUGUUUGCUAUGGAAUGCUAGGCAACAAUUUGCCUUCACCUAUCGAAGUUAUACAGCUCUGCAAGUCGAAAAACAUAAAGCGAUUGAGGCUUUAUGAACCAAAUCAUGAAGUUUUAGAAGCCUUAAGAGGAUCCAACAUUGAAGUUAUGCUAGGAAUUCCCAAUUCAGAUGUCAAGCAUAUUGCUUCCAGUGGAGAACAUUCAAGAUGGUGGGUAGAGAAAAACGUUCGAGCUUUUUAUCCAGAUGUUAAUAUUAAGUACAUUGUUGUUGGAAAUGGAAUAAGCCCUUUCAAAGACACAUCUGAUCUUACCUCACAUCUUGAAGCUGCAAUGAGUAGAAUUUAUAAUUCUGUUUAUUUCACUGGUUUAGGAUACAACGUCAACGUUACAACGUCUAUAGACAUGACAUUGAUGGGAAAAUCUUAUCCACCAUCUCAGGGUUCGUUUAGGGACGAUGCUAGGAAAUUUGUUGAUCCGAUUGUUGAGUUUUUGAGAAAUACAAAUGCACCUUUGCUUCUUAAUGUUUAUCCUUAUUUUAGCUAUUCGAGCAAUCCAGGACAGAUUUCUCUCCCCUAUGCUCUUUUUACUGCACCUAAUGUGGUGGUACAAGACGGUUUGUAUCAAUAUAGGAACUUAUUUGAUGCAAUGGUGGAUUCUGUUUAUGCUGCCAUCGAUCAAAUACCAGGAAGGCCAGAUCAGAGCUCUAUUAGGAUUAUUGUGUCUGAGACCGGUUGGCCAUCUGCUGGUGGAUUUGGAGCCACAACAGAAAAUGCAGCAACAUACUUGAGGAACUUAAUUCAACAUGCUAAAACGGGUACUCCAAGAAAGCUGGUGCCUAUUGAGACGUAUCUAUUCGCGAUGUUUGAUGAGAAUAACAGAAAUCCAGAGCUGGAGAAACAUUUUGGUCUGUUUUCCCCCAACAAGCAGCCCAAAUAUCAACUAAACUUUGGAACUUCUGACAUUUCUGCUGAAACUAAUGUCACUGCUUCUUCCCUCAUAAGUGAGAUGUAAGAAGAGACAUUCAACAUCUCUUUACGUAAGUAUUGAUUGGAUGGAAAACUUAGUACCAACAAGAGAAUAAUUUGUUCUUUUUGAAAUUAGAUAUUUAUUUACAUUGUGCGGUUUGUGUAAGUUCACAUGGAUUGUUAACCAGAGGCAAUGCAAUCCCCGAGUCGUGUUAUAACUUCCUUUAUUUCUUUGUGAUGUUGAUCAUCUUACAACAAUUUUGUAAGUUUGUAAAUUUCAUAUUCCAGAGAUUUUGGAUGGA